CGUCCAUCGCCUAAGUGAAAAGAUUAACAGAGAACCACACCUGCUUGGUAUGGCUUCUAUUUGAUCAUUCUUUUGGGGGGAUCUUGAUAUGGAAAACAGAGCCAGUUUGUCACUUUCUUCAGGUCCAGAUUCUUCCACUUAGAAGCCUGGAGGAAGCAUCUUAGGACCUAGGGCCCCAAACAAGAACCUGGAAACACCAAAAGUAUUGGCUGCUUUCUUCCAAUGAACAUUAACUUCCUAUUUCCAAAGUACUUUAUGCUCGGUCUUUUUGGUUAUUAUUCCCAACAGCAAUUCGGAUUGUCUCAAUUUUUAAAGCAUAAUUGUCAAGAGUGACAGGUGCUGGAGCCAGAUCCCUUGGGCUCAAAUCCUGGCUCCAUUAUGGAUGAGUGAUGUGUCCUUGGGUGGAUAAUUGAUUUAACCUCCCUGGGUGGUUGUUCAUCUGUGCAGUACAAGUAAUCACAGUACCUACCUCAGGGUGGUUGUGAGGAUUAAAUGAAUUAACAUGUGAAGUGCUUACAGCAGUGACUGGCACAUGGAAAGAGCUCAUGAUUGUCACUCGUGAUCAUGAUGAAGGUGGCUAGAUUGACUUCUGGGGAACGGUGCUCAGGGAUGAAGGUCAAGGUGGGAUGCGGGAGCUAUUUACAGAACCACAUCAGCUGCUUCUGUUCCACGGCCGCUUGCUACUGCCUGCCCGACCAAUCGUCCCAGCUUCAUUCACAGCACCUGGAAAGUGGGGCACUGAAGAGCACCUCCCAGGACCAUCGUCUUCCUCAGACCAGUCCGAGAGCUCUUCCGGGGAGAACCGUGUGGUGGAUGGAGGCUCUCAGGACCUUUCCCCCUCGGAGCACGAUGACUCUUCUGAAAAGAUGGGCCUCAUCUCUGAAGCGGCCUCCCCUCCCCUGAGCCCUGGGCAGCCUCCACCCGACCUGGCUUCAGCCAUCAGCAGCUGGGUUCAGUUUGAAGAUGACACACCCUGGGCCAGCACAUUACCACCUCAUACAGAAGCAGGUGGGGCAGCCAUAUCAUUGACCAUGCCCUGCUGGACGUGCCCUUCCUUCAAUUCCCUGAGGAGAUGCCCUCUGCCCUCCGAGAGCAGCUGGACCACACAUUCUGAAGACACCAGUAGUCCUAGUUUUGGCCCCUCGUACACAGACCUGCAGCUCGUCAGUGCUGAGGAGCAGAGUGGCCUGGCUUCCAGGGCCGACUCGACUGACAAUUCUUCCUCUCUUCAGGAAGAUGAAGAGGUAGAGAUGGAGGCCAUCAACUGGCAGGCCAGCAGUCCAGCUAUGAACGGACACCCCGCCACUCUAGUGACCUCUGCUCGUUUCCCUAGCUGGGUCACUUUUGAUGACAAUGAAGUCAGCAGCCCUUUGCCACCAAUCACCUCUCCUCUGAAGCCGAAAACACCCCCUCUUGCAUCUGUGAUCCCAGAUGCACCUUAUAACUCAACUGGGUCAUUUAAGAAGAGGGAACGUCCCAAGAGCACUUUGAUGAACUUCUCCAAAGUUCAGAAGCUGGACAUCUCCUCCUUAAACCACCCGCCUUCCGUGCCUGAGGCUCCUCUUUGGAGGGCAACCAAUCCUUUUCUGAAUGAGACUCUACAGGAUGUACAACCCUCCCCUAUAAACCCUUUCCGCGCUUUCUUUGAGGAGCGGGAGAGGCGCUCCCAAGACAAUUCCAUGUCUGGUACCACAGGCAAAAGCCAAAGAGAUUCUCUCAUUGUCAUCUACAAGGAUGCCAUCAAUUUUGAUGAUUCAAGCAAAAACCAGUCACACUCUGAUGCUGUUGAAAAACUCAAACGACUCCAAAUUGGGGAUCCCGAUCACUUAGGGAGUACGACCCUCCCUGAUGAUGACCCAAUAGCCUGGAUUGAACUAGAUGACCACCCACCAGGUUCCGCACUGUCCCAGCCCAGGGAUGGGUGGCCCAUGAUGCUUAGGAUCCCUGAGAAGAAAAACAUCAUGUCCUCUAGGCACUGGGGACCCAUCUACAUCAAACUGACAGACAGCGGGUAUCUGCAGCUGUAUUAUGAGAAGGGCUUAGAAAAGCCAUUCCGUGAGUUCAAGCUGGAGAUCUGCCAUGAGAUUUCAGAGCCCCGGCUCCAAAACUAUGAUGAGAACGGCAGGAUCCACAGCUUGCGGAUAGACCGUGUCACCUACAAGGAGAAGAAGAAAUACCAGCCUAAACCUGCCGUGGCCCACGUGGCCGAGAGGGAACAAGUGAUUAAGCUGGGCACCACCAAUUACGAUGACUUCCUGAGCUUCAUCCGUGCAGUUCAGGACCGUCUCAUGGACCUGCCGGUGUUGUCAAUGGACUUGUGCACAGUUGGCUUGAACUACCUUGAAGAGGAGAUUGUAGUGGAUGUCCGAGAUGAAUUCUCUGGCCUUGUGAGCAAAGGAGACAACCAGAUUCUCCAGCACCGUGUCUUGACACGGGUCCACAUCCUGAGUUUCCUCUCUGGCCUUGCCGAGUGCCGCUUGGGUCUCAAUGACGUCCUCGUCAAAGGGAACGAAAUCGUUUCCCGGCAAGACAUCAUGCCCACCACCACCACAAAGUGGAUCAAGCUCCACGAGUGCCAUUUUCACAGGUGUGUGGAUGAGGAUGUAUUCAACAGCUCGCGGGUUAUUCUGUUCAACCCUUUGGACGCCUGCCGACUUGAGCUAAUGCGGUUCAGGACAGUAUUUGCCGAGAAGACCUUGCCUUUCACACUCAGGACUGUGGCAAGCAUCAGCGGGGCAGAGGUGGAGGUGCAGAGCUGGCUGAGGAUGUCAUCUGGCUUCUCCUCUAACUGUGAUCCUCUCACUCAGGUUCCCUGUGAGAAUGUGAUGGUUCGCUACCCUGUGCCCAGUGAGUGGGUGAAAAACUUGCGCAGGGAAAGUGUCCUGGGGGAAAAGUCUUUGAAAGCCAAAGUGAACCGGGGGGCAAGUUUUGGCUCAAGUAGCUUGUCUGGCUCUGAGCCCGUCAUGAGAGUAACUCUGGGGACUGCGAAGUAUGAGCAUGCCUUCAACUCCAUUGUGUGGAGGAUAAACCGACUGCCUGACAAAAACGCAGCUUCUGGUCACCCACACUGUUUCUUCUGCCAUCUUGAACUUGGCUCUGACCGGGAAGUGCCUUCCAGAUUUGCCAAUCACGUAAACGUCGAGUUCAGCAUGCCUACAACUUCUGCCUCCAGAGCUGCCGUAAGGUCCAUCUCUGUGGAAGACAAGACGGACGUCAGGAAGUGGGUCAAUUACUCUGCACACUACAGCUACAAGGUGGAAAUUGAGCAAAAAAAGAGUUUGAAGCCAGACUUUGAAGGAGAUGAAAUGGAAAAUCCCAAGGAGUGUGGGGUCCAGUGAUGAAGCCCUACUGCAGGGGGCCCUGACCUAAGCAUCACGACAGGAUGUCUUCCUGAAUAGCUGGAGUUCAAGGCACUGCCUACCAUGGCUACUCCAUGUUGGGAACAGUGUAUUGGACCUCCCUGUUGGGAGUUACCUGUAUCCUAACAGGAAGCCCUAAGGUGCUUGCUUUGGAGAGGCUCUGAUCAUGCCUGAAGCACCUGGGUCACCUGACUCUUUGGAGCUUACUGUAUAAUUAAGCCUCCUCUCCCCUCUGCUUAUCUCACAGCACUUGGGUAUGGUUUGUGACUGAUAAAGUCAGGAAAAGAAACUCCCAACAUCACUGUUGGCGCGAUUUCCUUCCGAUGUGCAUCUGUCACUUACAUCAGUUUCUGGAAAACAAUCUUGAGAAGUUAAUUAACUAAGACUCCGUCUCUGUCACUCCCCUUAGAAAAAGUUGAGAAAAGGUACAAAACCGAUUUUCUCUUUGGGUCUGCUAGACCUUUCAUAGGUGUCUCCAUUCUUCAAAUGUUAACACUAUGCAACAGAAGUUUUUGAGAUGUUUCCCACCUGGUUCUAGACAGUGUUGAUCGAAACACUUUUUCCAUCUUUCUAAGGCAUCAGUCCCAGGGUUCAUCACCCUGAGUCACAAUAGACAAUGGAAAAAAGGCACAAGAGGACACUUUUAAAUUCUGUGAUUAGCCCCACAUUCUGCGAAGAGUGGCUAUUGAAGGGAAAGCAAAAUUGAGCUUACUUUUCUUCAUUCUGGGGAAAAAGAACAUUCAUUGUAAGAUUAUAUUCAAUUCAGGAGACAGCUUAAAUCUCAGUGAAUUUCCAAAUUCACACUGAAAAAUAUAGGCCAUUUCUGCUUCCUGAAACAGAUGGAUACAUAUAUCUCAGGCAUUUGUCAGGGGCAUUUGGGAACUCUUUUUAUACCUCAUAGCCAAUAGACAGCUGCGUGUCUCUUUAACUCAAACUUUACAGGAAAUAUAAGUUGAAAAGAUCAUUUUAAAAGCCGUUUCAAAACUGAGCUUGUAUGAGCUUUUCCUAAAAAUUCAGAGUUUGAUAAUCACAGUAUUGUAAUAGAUCU